AUGACUCCAGACUUCUUGAAACCCUCCAAGUGGGCACUCAACCAAGAACGGCCCUCCAAGUUUGGGCCCAAUUCGAGAUGGAGCAACUAUGACAUGGAUCCUGUGAUACCAGAGGAACGGACAUGGACGACUUGGGAUUUUGUCGCGUACUGGGUCUCCGAUGCGACUAACGCUGCAGUCUGGCAGCUAGCUAGCUCUAUGCUAGCUAUCGGACUUUCGUGGAGGCAAGCAACUCCCGCCAUAGCUGUCGGAAACAUUAUGAUCGCUAUUGUCAUGGUUCUUAAUGGAACUAUUGGCGCACGUCUUCAUAUUGCCUUCCCUGUUCUUAACCGAUCUUCUUUCGGUUUUUGGCUCAGCUACUUCAGUGUUGUCAGUCGGGUAAUUUUGGCAAUGUUUUGGUUUGGUGUGCAGACUUUCACUGGUUCAGAAUGCGUUUAUCAAAUGCUCAAGGCAAUAUGGCCCUCUAUCGCACGCGUCCCUAACCAUUUACCUGAAUCGGCCCAUAUCACCACUGUUGGCAUGAUGUGCUACUUCCUCUACUGGCUUAUCCAGUUUCCUUUGAUGUUUAUCUCUCCACAAAAGAUCAGACACUUCUUCACUAUUAAAGGAAUCAUUGUACCCAUUGCCUGGCUGAGCAUCUUGAUCUGGUCUUUUGUCAAAGUUCCAGCAAGACAGAGUCUCGAGCCAUUGCACUCUAGUCUCAGUGGUAGCGCUCUCAGUUGGGCCUGGCUAAGCGCCUUGAACAGUGCAUUGGGGAUCUAUUCUACUCUAGCAGUCAACAUCCCAGAUUUUACGAGAUAUGCCAAAAAUGAACGGGCUCAAUAUGUGCAACUAUUCAUCAUUCCAGUCGCAUUUACGCUGAUUGGUUUCACGGGUAUUGCCGUGACAUCUGCAGGCGAAGUUCUCUAUGGCGAAGUGCUCUGGGAUCCCCUCCGCCUCAUCGACAAGUGGGACAACCGAGCCGCUGCCUUCUUUGCUUCCUUCAGCUUCAUUCUCGCCACUCUGGGAACUAAUAUAUCCGCAAACAGCCUCAGCGCAGCCAAUGACAUGAUGGUCUUAUUCCCAAACUACAUCAAUAUUAAGCGUGGUCAGAUUAUCUGCGCGAUCAUUGGUGCAUGGGCUCUCUGCCCUUGGGAAAUUCUGGUGUCAGCACCAGGGUUCUUGUCAUUUAUGUCGGGAUAUACUGUCUUCUUAGGACCGUUUGCCGGGAUCAUGGUCGCGGAUUAUUGGCUAUUGCAUGCAGGAAAGGUUGACGUUCCUGCCAUGUACGACCCGCACGGUAGAUACCGCUACUGGAAUGGAAUUAACUGGAGAGCGGCCGUUGCUCUUCUGGUGUCAAUUACACCGACUCUUCCAGGAUUGAUCAACAAUAUUAACCCAAAGAUACCUGUCGGGAACGCAUCCUUCCUCUUCAACAUUGCCUGGAUAUACGGGUUUUUCUGUGGAGGCGGUGUGUAUUUGGUCCUUUCAAAGGCCUUUCCAGCGCAUGAGACUUUCAUGGAUCAUGCAAUUUUGGGAGAAGAAGUUGAUGCCACAACUGCAUCAUUGGAAUCAGCCAGUCAGCACGAAGUCGACGUGAAAGAAAAGGAAAAGGACUCCUCGGCUUGA